AUGGCCUACAAGACCUGGCAGGACAAGUUGGAGGACGCCUGCCGUGAAUGGAACAUUGCGGCUCCCGUCUUCCAGAUUGUGUCGGAUAGGCGAGGGGGACGCACUGCCUGGUCCAGCACGGUGACCGUCUACGGCUCGGUCCACAGCGCCCGCUUCUGGUACGACGGCAAGAACCUCAAUAACGCCAAGGAAGAUGCCGCCGAGGUCGCCCUGCAAUGGCUUGCCCAGUCCAGCUCCAGCUCCAGCACCGCCAGCUCGCCUGCUACGAGCAGGAGCGGGUGGUGA